UCACAGGUUGUCGUAACUUGCUCAGUAGUUUAAAGUUGAAAGUUUCUCUUCGGUGACUACACUUAAAAAUUGUGUAUCUUAUACAUGGAUUUUCGUCAGCAAUGAAGUGCAUAAUUUUCUUCAUCUUCAUACCUUUGGUUUACUCAGAGUUACACAGCUUCAUCACCGCAUACAAUGGAAUAAACGGAGAGAUUUCAUUGUUUUUUGCAAUAACUUUCCUGGAUGGAGAACAUAUCGAUUAUUAUGACAGUAACACAAAGAAGCUGAUUCCCAUACAGGACUGGAUGAAAGACUCUACAUAUAAAGACAUGUGGAAAAGAGACACUGAAAUCAGAGAAGAAGUUCAGCAGAUCUACAAAAACAACAUUCCCGUUCUAAUGGAGCGAUUCAAUCAGUCAGGUGGAGUUCAUACGUAUCGGAGGAUGUAUGGCUGUUUUUGGGAUGAUGAGACUGGAGAAUCACAAGGGUUUGAUCGGUACACUUAUGAUGGAGAGGAUUUUAUCUCACUGGAUGUGAAGAAGCUCAGAUACAACACAUCUGUACCACAGGCAAUACCCACAGUGCGGAAGUGGAAUAAUGACAGAAAACAGCUUGCAGUGCUGAAACGAUACUACAAUCAUGAGUGCGUUUACUGGCUGAAACAUUUCUUGGCAUUAAAGAAAGCGGGUUUCAAGAGAAGAGAGUUACACAGCUUCAUCACCACAUACACUGGAAAAAAUGAACAGACGAUUGCAGGAACUCCAGAGUUUUCAGCUGUAACGACACUGGAUAAAGAACAUAUCGAUUAUUAUGACAGUAACACAAAGAAGCUGAUUCCCAUACAGGACUGGAUGAAAGACUCUACAUAUAAAGACAUGUGGAAAAGAGACACUGAAAUCAGAGAAGAAGUUCAGCAGAUCUACAAAAACAACAUUCCCGUUCUAAUGGAGCGAUUCAAUCAGUCAGGUGGUGUUCAUACGUAUCAGAGGAUGUAUGGCUGUGAUUGGGAUGAUGAGACUGGAGAAUCACAAGGGUUUGAUCAGUACGGUUAUGAUGGAGAAGAUUUCAUCUUAUUGUACCUGAAGGAGGACAUAUACAUCACACCUGUAGCACAGGCAAUACCCACAGUGCAGAAGUGGAAUAAUGACAAAACACAACUUACAUCUCUGAAACAAUACUAUAAUAAUGAGUGUGUUCACUGGCUGAAGGAGCUCUUGAAGUUAAGGAAAGGGGCUAACAGGAUAACAGCUCCUGAAGUGUCUCUGUUACGGAAGGAUCCCUCUUCUCCAGUAGUGUGUCAUGCCACAGGUUUCUACCCAUCAGGAGUGACUAUUACCUGGUUCAGAAAUGGACUGGAGCACCAUGAGGAUGUGGAUCUUGGAGAGCUUCUGCCAAAUGAGGACGGGACCUUCCAGAAGACAACUAGCCUUCAUGUUUCUCCAGACGAAUGGGAGAACAACCAGUUCAGUUGUGUGGUGGAGCACCAGGGAAAAACCAUCCAGAAGACUGACCAUGAGACCAAGAGCAACAACAGUAAGUUAUUAAUACUGCGGUAGAUUGUUUAUGGUAAUUACUAUAAAGGUUAUCCUAUCCUUAUCAUAUUUGACAUCACCUAGCUGAGGGACAGAAAUCUACCAAAUUUCUUCAAAAAGAUCUUCAUUUGUAUUUCAAAAAUAA